CGACUGGCGUGCACCCUGCAGGGCUACAUGCAAAUGUCGGAGCUGAGCAGCGUCUACACCAUCCUCAAGACCAUCAGCGAGGGCACGCCGGCCGAGGCCGCCGGCUUCUACCCCGCUGGAGAGAGCGCAAAUUACUUGAGCCCGCGGCCGGCCGGCGAAACGUACUCUGUACCGCCGCCGCCCGCCCCAGUGCCGGCCCCCGGCGCGCUGCCCCCGCAGGCGCCGCCCCCGCCGCCGGCCGACCCCUACGUGGACAUGAUCAGCCUGCGGGGCCACAGCGGCGAGGUCCCGUCCCAACGCGGCGGCCCGCCCGACGUGUCCUGCUCGCCUACAUUGGGGUCCUCUUUGAGCUGCGCAGACGACGUCGGCUCGCUGUACCAGAACAUGCCGGCGCCGCCGGGCCGCUCCCAGUCCGGGUCGCCGCCGGGCUCCCCGCGCCCCGCGCCCGAGGCCCGGCGCCACAGCGCCCCGGAGGACGCCGUCCUGCAGGCCCUGGCGGAGGCGCCACAGCCGGCCCCGGACACCAUCCCGGAGUACGGCCCGGAGGACACGAGCGCCGUCUACCAGGACAUCGACGAGACGGACGGCCCGACCCCGCCGGCGGCGUCCGCGGCACCACCACCACGACGACGGGACUCCGACCCGGCGCUGGCGAGCCUCGGCGACGAGGACGAGGACAUCCUGGGCAUCAUCCACGACCUGAAGAGCAGCUCGUUCAGCCUGGGCGCCCUCGGGGAGGUGGAGCACCUCGUCGAGACGUGGAGGGGCAGGAACGCGACUCACCAGAGCCUCCGCGACAAGCAGGAAGCCUAA